UUUUGCGUCGGUGGAWGUUCUGGUCGUCAUUUACCGUGUGCACUGAAUGAAAUACAGGCAAAAUAGACUUGACUCUUGUACCCUAACAUAUUUCACUUCUAUUUAAAACAUAACCACUUAGAAAACGAACAGAAUAUGUCGAGAAGGGCGUCAGAAAGCGAAAUUCUGGACUUUGUUCAUGGCGUGUUCUCCAUUACCAAGAACACAUGUCAGUCUUCGUCUUCGCCUAUAUUUGAACUUAACUAAGCUUARAUCAUGGCUGUUCCAGUAUUUUCAUACCAAGGAGAGUUAUUGCACCAGGCAGCCAUAUUUGAUCAGAGAGACUUUCUGAAGUCUCUAUUGCAGUCAGGAGUUCAGGGGGAUGCAAACUGUCCAGACCCCAGAGGMCUGACGCCAGUACAUACAGCUGCUCUGCAUGACAGUACACAGUGCCUAGAAGAGCUUCUUUGUAAAUGGAAAGGGAAUCCAAACUCAGUGACUGGUGAUCAAGACAACCAUUCGACACCUAUUCAUCUUGCUGCUAAAAAUGGCCARAUWAAGUGRUUAAAGCUUCUUGUCGAAAAUGGAGGAGAUGUCAGCUUGAAAAAUAAAUAUGGGAAAGCUGCAAGAGAGGUUUCCCUCAUGGAYGGACACUAUGAUUGCGCUGAAUACCUGAAAAACGUGGAAGCAAUGCAAAGAGCAGCCAGGGAAGAAGAACUCAGUCAAGAACUUUUCUCUGCAUGUGCUACUGGUGAAUUUGAGAAAGUGCAAGUUUUGAUUGAUGAAGUCAGRCAUACAAAUAUUAACAGGCUAUUCCAAGGAGGUUACUCUCUGCUUUACAAAGCGGCUUCUGGAGGACAUAUAGAGAUAGUCAAACUUCUUCUUUUGAGAGGAGCAGAUGGGGCCCCACAGCCAUUCAAUGGCAUGUCCCCCCUGUAUGUUGCAUGCUCUCAACAGCAUGUUGAUGUUGCUAGGUUACUUGCACAGUCCAUGCCGCACCAGGUUAAUAUUGCAACAACUAUGGAAAAACAAAUACCUCUACAUGUGGCGGCUUCCAUGGGGAAUGUAGACAUUGUUAAGAUUCUCUUGCAGUGUUUUGAGGAAGGAGGUAUCCCUCAGAAAUGUAAUGGUGUUGACGUUAAUGCCAGGACAUCCAGUGGUAUGACACCCCUUCACCAUGCUGUACCUGGCGGGUGUAUCGAUGUAGUCAAAGUUUUGAUUAAUGGUGGUCAUCGAUGCAUGCCACCYUGUCGAGCCAAGGCGGUUCUUGAUGUUAAUGCGCAGAGCAUCAUGGGACGUACGCCGUUACAUGACGCUAUCACUGUAGGACACAAGGAGGUUGUUAAGCUGUUAAUAAAAGGAGGCGCUGAUGUUAACCUGGCAUAUAAUCCUGACCAAGUAUUAUACAGAGACGACCCAAACGAUGAGAUCUCAAGAGUUGCUCGUCGUCUGGCAGAAGACGUGCGAGAUAACAACAAGACUCCCUUGGGUAUCGCUUGRGACCAUGGCAACCUAGAGAUUGUUGAGAUACUACUUAAGGCAGGGGCAAUCGAUGUCGAUAGUGCUUGUGUUGAGAAAGCAGCCAAGGCUCAUCAUCACGCUUUGGUUCAUUUACUCUUAAGCAAAGGUGUCAAUGUAGAUAACGAAUACAAACUUCCCCACUCSUCCCGUAGUGGGGGUCACGCUGAAGAAGCAUGGCGCACGGAAUCCAACCCAGUUUGCAUCAUAUGGAAUGGCAUGAAACUAAGCAGCGUACACCCGCAAUGGAUUGUGGACGGCGCCAAGAGAAUAAAUCCACAGGUAGCCCAAGGAAACGUUGGUCUUCAUCCAGUGUUGAAGACGAUAACGCGGCUUGAUUUGUCUGGGAACACACUUUCUAAGCUGCCACUAAUAAUAUUCCAACUGCCAUCACUGAAAGUGUUGAACAUCUCCGAGAACUCCCUUAGUGCUUUACCUAGUUUACACAAUGGUKGAGUUAAGUCUGCUGGCACGAAUGGCACUAACUCCAUUAARGCGAAGAAAUARCAUUCMUGUGACAAUAURACSGAUAGAAUAAUUGAGGAAGAAGAAGAACACGAUUUCACAUACGCUGAAUCGAGCUGGAACUGUCCUCACUUGGAAGAGAUUGAAGUCCACCACAAUUCGCUAACGACUCUUCCGACCUGCAUCUUUCAGUUACCGAUGUUGAAGUUUUUAAACGCGUCUUUCAAUGAUAUAGAUUCAUUGCCUUUUGCUAUGUGGUUUGCWCCMGUACUUAAGACGCUGGAUUUGAAAGGGAAUUAUUUAAAGAUGUUGCCUUUGUCUAAAGAGGUGAAAAAGAAGCCACCUAAAGCGAUUCCUAAGACAAAUAAUAAACCAAGACAUAUGUCGAAAAGCAGAGAUGAUAUAAGUAAAGAAUUAAUUCCCGAGCAAGAGAGUGAUACACCAGAUGGAAAAAUUCCCAACACAUCAAAAGACAAGGAAGAAAAAACUUCAAAGUCAAAGCAAGAGAACUCAACACACCCGGCAAAACCUCAACACAUGAAAAUAUUCUGCCACAGCAAAUUAUGGGGCAAAAACGGCUUAGAAGACUUAGAAGACUCYAGUGAUGAAGAAGAAGAGGUUGAUCUUCACAAAGGACAUGCGUUGCUCAAACUUGAUUUGUCAAACAAUCAAUUCCGUAUGGUCCCAAAAGGAAUUGCCUGCUUGGCUACAAACCUACAGACUCUAAAUAUAUCAAAUAAUUAUAUAUCAAAAAUUGACACUUUAGCUUAUUUUCCUUCUUCUUUAUCAUCUUUAGAUGUUUCUAGUAAUAGACUAGACUCUUUAGAUCCACAGGCAAUAGAUUUACCUGUUAACACAUGUUAUGCGUUAGUUGAUGGUCAGCGGGCUGGCUUUGGAUCGUCACGUGGUCGGGGAUCAAUGAGAGGACGGGUGUGUCGUCAUUUACGUCACCGAACAUUAGUAAAUCUUAAACGAUUGGACGUGAAUCAAAAUAACAUUAGAGAAAUUACUUUUACGACUUCGCAAGCUCAGUCAUCGCCUGUUAGGAACCCKUCGACGACAAAYUCUACAGCUUGGUUUGCGGGAAUUGACAAUAAAUCUAGCACUGUUCUCUACCCGAGUAUACAGUCCUUAAAUGUCAGCGGUAAUCCACUGAKUGARCUUCCAAAGGAAAUUGGACUGRUAAACAAGUUGGGAUCCCUGCAUAUUUCAUGUACCGAGAUAACGAAGCUACCUGCGGAGAUUGGGRUACUGUCGGAUCUAUGGGACUUACAGUAUCAAGGAUUAACGUUACAGGAUAURGAGCCUAGUGUACUUGAACGAAAAAAGACAAAAGAUCUUGUGAGUUAUUUGAGAUCGAUCUUGGAGAGGUCAAAGCCUUAUCCUUGCAUGAAGCUAAUGUUUGUCGGUGUGUCCAACAUCGGCAAGACGACAUUACUAGGRCAACUCCGACAAGAAGGUACAGGAAGCUAUCAGUCAUCACCGUCGACUUCUUGGACAGAGAGGCAAAAGAGAAGAAGGAGAGACUCGUCAUUAGGUCGUACCAAGAAACCAGAGAAGAACAUCUCAACAGUUGGAGURGARGUCUCUGACUGGACUUACCCCAAGAAAAGUGAGUUCUUUAGAGGAGACACUCGUCAACCAAUCAAAUUCAGCACGUGGGACUUUGGUGGUCAGCGUGAGUACUAUGCAACCCAUCAAUGUUUCUUGUCUCAUCGUUCUCUUUACAUCGUUAUGUGGAAAGUCACUGAUGGAGAAAAAGGAGUCAACGAGAUUGAACCCUGGCUGCUCAACAUCCAGGCCCGAGCGCCAGAUUCUCCGUGCAUCAUCGUUGGCACACAUUACGAUAUGAUGACWCAAGAAGAGAAYCGAACCGUUUUACCCGACUUACAGCAAAUGAUCAAAGAUCGUUACAUCGCCAGGGAAUUCGGUGGAGAUAUCCAAAACCCACGUGAUCGAGGCCUACCGCGUGUUAUGAGUAGAAUAGAGAUCAGCUCUAAGACUGGGUAUCACGUGAGAGAUUUACGUCACAUGAUAUACAGCAAAGCUAUCGAGAUUAAAGAGAGAGGUAGUCGUACGCCGCUCUUAGAUACUCCGAUACCUGAGAGUUACAUCCAGGUCGAAGAGGUUGUCGGGAAGAUAAGGAGAGACUGUUACCAAGACGACCAAACGCCUGUCAUGAGGUCUGAACACUUCAGAAAUGCCGUUCAAAAGGAACUGGAUAAACAAGGAAGYCGGCUCCGUGAUCUUGAAGAAUUACAGCAAGCAACUAAGUUCUUGCAUGACAAUGGUGUUCUYCUACACUACGAUGAUCCGUUAUUGCGUGACCUGUACUUUCUGGACCCUCAGUGGUUGUGUGACAUGCUUGCACAUGUCGUGACAGUUCGGCAAGUCAACCCUCAUAUUAACAAUGGRGUAAUGAAGCUCACCGAUCUCUCGCUCAUUUUCCGAAGCGAGAAUUUCCCAGCAAARCUCAURAAYCAGUACAUCAACUUGUUAAGCAAGUUUGAGGUGGCAUUACAGUGGAGCUCAGAGUACCUYCUCGUCCCGUCCCUACUCCCUGACAGGCAGCCAGUUAGUAACCAGCCCAUAGCCCCUGGMGUGAGUCCUGUAGUGACAKGAGCGAUGAACAUGGCGGCGUAUACAAAGACCCGGGUACUACGAAGACAAUACGUUAUGUCGUAUGUGCCAAGUGGGUUUUGGCCAAGACUCAUUACAAGGGUGAUAGCAGACGAAGAGGUACGUGACGUUGUACGGUGUUGCUGCCAGCUCGUCAUGGAAGGAGAAGCGGUGGACGGAGACAAGGAGAAGCUCGCUUCAGUUGCGCAACCUGACUGGUCUUGUUGGAAGACUGGCGUUGAGCUYUCUUGUUUUGGAGUGAAGAUGUUACGGAUCUGUGAUCUUGAAGGAUAUCCAUUCUACGGUGCACCUGAAGACAUGUUCAACCCUCUACAGUAUCGUAACGAGAAGCACGACCCAACAUCGUACUCGACCAUCGCUGUCAUCGCUCCUUGUGUCAACAUCCUCAUGGAGAAGUUUGUCCAAAAGAAAAAAAUUAACAGAGGACGGAGCUCUAGAUACAGAUCUAGAGAAGGUGACGACGACGAUGACGUCGCUGAGUCCAAGCAAGUUAUWGGUUUUCGAGUCAAGUCCGUAAGRGACGUCGGAAUUCAGCUGGCCGCUCGACUUCUUGCCAUCGUCGUCGAACACUUCGACACCCUYAUCACUGACUGGUUCCCAGGGCUUGAUGCUCUCACGGUCCAUGGAUAUCGCCUGGUGUCCAGGAUCGUUCCAUGRCCGAAAUGCAUCASUGAGCUAUCAGGAGUCGAAGAACUGGAUCAGGAUGGUGACAGCAGCACUGUUGGUAUWCCCUACACCCCKCAGAAUGACAGUGGAGCCCAUUUGACUACGGACGGUAGUAGUGCAAAUGCUUCCCCCUGGCCUAGCCCAGUACAUGGUGCUUUAACACGUGAGUUACGGGGGAACUCUACUCCUUCGCCGGUGAACAGCAGAAAAUCAAACAGCCUAGGAAGUAAUGCAUCGGAAACAACACCGGAUACUCCUACCGGGGACCUCCCGAUGUCCCCGCCUUUUAUCCAAGUACCGGACAACGCAAAUAGAUUCACCUUCAAGUCUGUGAGUAGUGGACUGGGYACAAACGAGAGUUCGAGCUACUUUGAAGACACUAGUGACCAUUCCUCUGAUAGCGCAGAGGAACCGGAAACAGAUGGAAGUGAGGAGCCUAGUACCCCUCAAGACCGCAAACGAAAACCUCUCAAAAAGGAUCCAUUUGGCAGUAGUGAGAGUGAUAGGUCACGUGGUAGUGAAGAUUUUAAACGUCGCGAUAGCCGUGCAAGUAACAGCAGCAGUGAACGACCAUUUGGGUCACAAACAGAUUCCCAGAGGAGCAAAGGAAGUACAGAAAGRACCAGUAGUUUCAAUCGUAGCGGUCGGUAUGGCUCGUUUAGACGUCGACCCAACGAGAACGAGAAAGUGAUAUAUGCGUUUGAGUUCGAGGAAUGCGUCUUGAGUGCCUACAAUGGGGAACCAAUCAAAUGUGAAGAACAUGGACAAUUYAAUCUCAGGGAGCUUGCUCCAGAUGUGAUGUUUGAGGACAUUGCUCCACAUCUCUCCAUUCAUACCGGUAACCUCGUUCGCGGGAAGUUCCUUGGUAAAGGCACAUUCGGCUCAGUCUUCCGCGGUGAACUUAAAGGCGCGGCUGGUGAUUCUGAGGCUAUUGCCAUGAAAAUGCCACUGAACAAUGAAGUUGGAGAAGACGCCAAACCAGAAGAGAGACAGGCAGCGGAGGCGGCUAAGAGAGCUUUGAAGGAUAAUCCAACCAUGGCACUAAAUGAAGCUUACAGAACCGUUCGCCAAGAAAUUUCCAUUCUUCUACCCCUUCAACAUGCCAAUAUAGUCUCACUCAAAGGAUUCUGCCUCAGUCCUCUUUGUAUGGUUCUCGAGUUUGCUCCUCURGGGGCCCUGGAUCGACUYCUUCACAACUACAAAAGGGGCGGAGCAAGACUAAACCCUUACGUCGUUCAAAAAUGCAUCGUCCAGUGCGCGUCUGCRUUGAAAUACCUCCACAAACACCACAUCAUCUAUCGAGACUUGAAGUCCGAGAACAUCCUUGCYUGGAGCUUCCCUCAGCCUCACUCUGAUGACCAAUCGACGCACGAUGUCCUMAUUAAAUUAGCCGACUACGGUAUUAGUAGGACAGCGGCUUUAGCUGGUAUUAAAGGGCUUGGGGGCACCCCUGGAUUCAUGGCCCCGGAAAUUGAGAAGUACGUUGGUAAAGAGUGCUAUACGGAUAAGGUGGAUACGUUUUCUUUUGGGAUACUCAAGGACCGAAAAGGCCCAGUUUUUGCCAUGGACCUAAUGGCGUGGUGCUGGGAGCAAGACUCAGAUAAGCGUCCCACCUCAGCCCAAGUCUACGCAUUGGCCUCGUCUUUAGAAUUCGCACGCCUUGCGGAUGUACUGACUUUCGACAAACAGCUGACCAUAAAUUGUGCAGUGACUGCAGGCUCACGUGUCAAUUCAGGUUGUGGUGCUGAUGGRCGGCCAAGUGUUGGUAAUGAAGUUUGGUUGUGUCGAAGUGAGUUAACUGAUGGUAUUGGGACUAGUAAGAUUAAUGUGGUGAAAUACAAUGGCGGUAGAUUUAGUCAUAAAGAGGAACUGUCAUUAAAGAAUGGAAGCGUCCGUGUCGCCUGUAGCGUGGGUAGUACUGUAUGGCUAGGAACAGAAUCAGGAACACUUCAUGUCUACUGCUCCAUAACGUACAGAGAACUAUGUAAAGGUGUCAUCAAGCGAGCCAAAUACAUCAUAAARAUGGUCCAUAUUCCUCGAUGUAAUUGGGUUCUAGUAGCUUUAGGUGACGGUUCCAUUCUAGCUUACAACGACAACAUCUGUAACCAUUACCAUUACAGUGAUCCUGGGUCUACAACCCCUACUCAAGAACUCCUUCCAAGCCGUGGAUACCCUGGAAAUGGCAAUCUUAUCCAUUGUAUUGCCUCUGUACCCAUUAUAUACCCUCGGAUUAUCGACCCAUCGAGUGACGAUGGCACCAGAGGAAGCCCUGAGCCUACGGAGGAGUACAUCUGUGAGGUCUGGUGUGGCCAGGAAAAGGGGGAAAUUACAGUACUCGAUGGUGAAGAACUUCAGAAGAUAUCAACCAUGCCAGCUGAAGAUUCUGAUUCUGACGUAACCAUCCUCAAAGAGCAAAGCGUUUCUCAUCUAGUCACGUGUCGAACGUUCAGGUCGACGAUAAAGAGCGAAGAACCUGUUGCCAAGUCUGUGUGGGUCGCGUUGUACCCUGGGACUCGUGUUUUUCGCUGGAAUGCACAGGAGAAGAGAACUGUYCGAAGCGUUGAUUGUUCUAUGCAUAAACCAAGGUUUGAUGCUGCAAAAAGCAUGAAGUCAAGCCUACAACGAAGUGGUGGGAUACGACACGGUCAACUAAGCGCCGUUCGUGCCCAGGUCAAUUCAUUACUAGCGGUCGAUAAAGAACUGUACAUUGGCACUAGCUGGGGGUGUAUACUUGUGUGCAACAAUCUCUCUCUAGCYGUACUCUCGAUCAUUCGUUGUCAUGAGGAAACAGUUAGCUACUUACUACCGCUGGUCAGCACGUCCGUAGGCUCACAAUCAAAUACCCAUAAUUCUUUAGUCAUGAGCUGUGGGAGAGGCUACCGCAACAUUGGGACAAGUCUUCAUGGCAACAAUCCCUAUCCCAGUCUCGCUCCUUCACGUCGUGGUGGAAAACCGCUUGGUAAACGUGAGUCUGCGAUCCUAGUGUGGUUGGCGGAUUCCUGGGAAAGCUGAGKUUGUUGUGCUGUAGGGAAUAAURACUUYUUCCACUAGUUACGUCAUUCCAUGAUGUCACUCGYCCAUAUAUGGACUAAUGGGUAGCUAUGGACGUCAUGAAGGAAUAACUCCACUCCAUGCAUGACGUCACAUUUGUGUUGAAAUGCAGAACGCUCAUUUACCAAGAAAAUAUGAUGAUCACCGUUUUCUAAAAGGCGUCAUCCAAACUUGAUUGAAGUCAAUAAUGUAACCCUACUCGUAUGAACUGGUGGAUCUACUGCUACGUCACUGUACCAAGAGCAAAUUCGAGAAAUGACGUCAUCAUUCUUGAGAACAGACAUAUAUAGAGUAUUUAUCUCAAUGAAAUUUAACAUGACGUCAUUUUAACAAAUGACGUAAUCGUCAACUUUAAUUUAUAAUAAUGAAAUACUUUUAUCUUGGACAAAAAACCUGACAUGACAAAAAAAAAACAUGUUGUCAACGAUCAAUCCAAAAUAGUAAUGAUUUUUUAAAAGUAAUUUUGUUUUAUUUUUUUAUUAGUUCUUUUGAAAAACAAGAUCUUAGUUUGAUAGUGGCAUUUCACAUUGUACUGAAUUGAUAACGGGAAAUGCAGCCCCUUUUACGACCUAUCUUUAACAACUACAAGUGUCUCGAGUGCUCUAAUCGUCAACUACAAGUUAUCUUCAAAAGAUAUUUAUUUUAGAAAUAAAUAUAACUAAAUGUUUUGUUGGUACAAGAACUACAAAGUUUACUUUAUUAGUGUGUCCUCUACGAAGAGUUGAUAGAGCUACCGAUAAAGUUAUGCCACCAUAGAUAUUGUAUAAUUUUAAUCCGCAAGCUAAGGAUUUCUGCGCUAUAUUGGCCAUUCCGAAAUUCAAAAGGAGACCGGGAAGGAGUGUGAAAAUAGUCCCCUCAUCGAAAUUUGAACCUCACCACAUGAAAGACCAUGCUACAAUUAGUGUUCUUGUCAAGUUUGAGACUAUUUAGUUGAAUAUUUACAAAGUAGAAAUUGUUUCAAAUUUGUAAAAAUAAGAUAGAAUGGGGACGCUGCUCAGGAGCUCCAUACAUUCUUUGUAAUUAUAAAGUAAUUAUUAAUCCGAGAACGCUCAAACUCGGCAACUAUACUAAUUCUAGUAUUCUCUUUCUUGUCCUGGUGUCUGUUUCUUUGAUUAUCYAGUUUGUGACUAGUCACCAGUCCCUUUUUGAAUUUCGAAAUGCAAGGCAGCUUAUGAAGGAAAUUUUUUAUCGUUUUUUUUUUCAAUGGAUGGCGAUGCGAAAUGAGUGUUUUUUUGACAUACUCAAUGGGCGCAGUUGUUUUUAGAUCAUAAUAGUAGCAUUACUAGAUACUUUUAAAUUAUUAUUUUGUUAAAAUGAGUCGACUGCACACAAAUAUUAAAGAAUAUUUCAAAACCAA